AUGUUCAGAGCUGUCAUCACUCUAUCGACACUGAUACUUGUUCACCUUCACCACGUUCGAGCACUUCCGUCCAAACUCAACAUCUUCCUAGACCCUGCUCCUCCUCCAGAGGAAGGUCCUCCGUUAUCUGCUUCCGCGCUCCGAGACCCGUCGAAGCUGAAAUUCGAGAUCAUUGGCAUUAUCCUUUCAUAUCUCAUCUUCACCAGCGGUCUUCUCAUCCUGCUCUUCACAGUUGGUAAAAGACUCCGGCGCAAUAUCCAAAGUUCGAAUCGCAGCCUCGAGAUGGAGAUGGUGAAGCCAUCCGUAAACCAGGCGGCCUUCGGCGUUGACGAGAGUCCCACAUCACCAAUUAAAUGCUGGCCAAGUCCUGUCGAACCAGAGGUCAAGGCCUGGACCAGCCCGUCAAGAAAUCACUAUUAUCACCAAUCUCAAACCAGCGUUUCAACGUUUGAUGACAGGGUGAUUGAGAGCGACAAGAUUCGCAAUCAGAACGAGAUGGAACGCUUAUACGCAGCCGUCAUGGCUCAUGAUGCGCAAAAGACCGAAGAGACUUCCCCAGUAAAGUCACCACGCAAAUAUCCUCCUGAAUUUCAGCAUCUUCGAACCUCGAAUGGUACAACUCAGCCUAUCAACCAUGUUGACACCUCGCCCACAGAACCCAAAUCUCCUGUAUCAUCACGAGCAAGCAGCAGGUUGGCAAAAGUCUCACCCCUCUCCAUUUUCCAGUCGAAUCACUCUCGCACCUCAUCUGCCGCCUCACAAAGACAGAGACCUAGGCGUAUUUCCAUUCGAGAUUUGCCCAUCUCCCCUCCUAUGGGCACUCCCGAUCUGAAAGAAUCGGUAGCCUAUAAUGAGGAACAGCCGCUCUCCCCAAGAAUGUACACACCUGGUCCUCCCCCUCCCACCCCAGGUCAUAAAUCAGCGGCCGCCACAGCUCGAGAGGCGGAGAAAAAGGUCUCUUUUCGAGCACCAGCACCUUCACCUUUACAUCUACGUACUACGACAGGCAGCAGUAACAGUCUACCGUUCCGCCAAAACUAUGCCACUUCUUUACAAAGUGCUCCUUCAACUAAAACCACGUUCGUGGAGCGACGAGAAAGUCUACUAAAUCCUGGUCCGAGAACAGGUGCUCCUGUCCCGUACAGUCCAUACAUGCCCUAUACGCCAAUCACCCCCAUCACACCAGGAAGGCUGGUGACUAAGGAAGAACGAAAGAAAGCAAAGAAGCAAGCCGGACUGAAAGUGCUGGCGGAAGAUGAUCUGGUACGCAGUGACCAAGAAAUGUGGGGUGAUACCUGGAAAGGGUAG